UGGCGCUCUACCGCUCCUUCCCGACACGUCUCCUGUCUCGGGCGUGGGGUCGUGUGAAUGGCGUGGAGCUCCCAACCUGGCUACGCAAACCCGUCUACUCGCUGUACAUCUGGACCUUUGGUGUCAACAUGCAGAUGUGUGGGUGUGGUCUAAGACGUGUGGGUGUGGUCCAAGAUGGCGCCGCGGACGGCUGCCUCGGUGUGUUGGUGCGCAUUGUUUUGCUUUGUUUUAUGUUAUAAAACUGUUUUUUGCGCCGGUACCGGGAGCUCUUUCACCAGGGAAGAGCUCAUGAACAUCAGGGGAGCAACACCAGAGGAUUUAUUUCCUAAAUUUCUGCUUCCAACAGCGGAAAUUUUGGAUAUAUUGGUCAAAGGUGCGCUCACCCUUGCACACGCAGCGAAACGCCGGAGGAGAGGAAAACGGGCCGGCGCGCUCGUGCGCCUUCGUCAGCGGGGAUUACGCACGUCGCUACCCGGGAUAUUUCUCUCUAACGUGCGUUCACUUCCCAACAAACUAGAUGAACUACAACUGCUGUUGGGAAAAAACAGGGACUUCUCUUCAUCUGCGGUUUUGUGCUUUAUUGAGACGUGGCUCUGUGGAUUAAUACCGGACUCUGCGCUGCAGCUGGCUGGCUUCCAACUCCAUCGCGCGGACAGAGACACGGAACUUUCCGGCAAAACCAAAGGUGGAGGAAUCUGUUUGUAUAUCAACAGUGGUUGGUGCAACGAUGUGACAGUGAUCCAGCAGCACUGUUCUCCUGACCUGGAAUCUUUCACCAUUAACUGCAAGCCUUUUUAUUCACCCCGUGAGUUCGCUUCAUUCAUUCUGGUUGGCGUCUACAUCCCGCCGCAGGCCAACGUGCAGGACGCACAGCGCAUGCUCGCCGACCAGAUACUGUGUGUGGAGCGGACCUACCCGGACUCCUUAGUUAUUGUCCUUGGUGACUUUAACAAAGGCAACCUCACCCACGAACUCCCUAAAUACAAACAGUUUAUCAAAUGCCCGACCAGAGAGGAGAAUAUUCUGGAUCAUUGUUACACUACAGUCAGGGAUGCUUAUCCCCCGUGCUGCUCUGGGACUCUCUGACCACAUCAUGGUCCACCUGAUUCCUGCGUACAGGCAGAAACUAAAGCUCUGCAAACCUGUAGUGAGGACAUCAAGGAAGUGGACCAGUGAGGCUGUGGAGGAUCUCCAGGCGUGUUUGGACUCCACUGACUGGGAUGUGUUCAGGACUGCUACCAACAGUCUGGAUGAGUACACAGAGGCUGUGACGUCCUACAUCAGCUUCUGUGAGGACUGCUGCGUUCCAUCACGCACCAGGGUGAGUUACAACAACGACAAACCCUGGUUCACAGCCAAACUCAGACAUCUAAGGUUGGCGAAGGAGGAGGCCUUCAGGAGUGGGGACAUAAACAAAUACAAAGAGUCGAAGUACAAGUUUAGCAAGGCGGUGAAAGAGGCUAAACGACUGUACUCUGAGAAGCUCCAACACCAAUUCUCAGCUAACGACUCUGCGUCUGUCUGGAAAGGGCUCAGGCAGAUCACCAACUACAAGCCUAAAGCCCCCCACUCCAUCAACGACCGACGCCUAGCCAACGACCUGAACGAGUUCUACUGCCGCUUUGAAAGACAAAAGGACAGUCCAGCAACCAUCCCCCUCGACACCUUCCAACAGCUCCAGCUCCAGCCAUCUCCACCAAGACCUACCUUAAUGGCCCUCCCUUCCCCCUCCUCACCCACCUCAGUGACGACUCUUUCCAUCCACGAGAGAGACGUAAACAAACUCUUCAGGAGACAGAACCCCCGGAAAGCAGCUGGACCGGACUCUGUGUCUCCGUCCGCCUUGAAGCACUGCGCUGACCAGCUGUCUCCAGUGUUCACAGAGAUUUUCAACACCUCACUGGAGACAUGCCACGUGCCUGCCUGCUUCAAGACCGCAACCAUCAUCCCUGUUCCCAAAAAGCCAAGGACCACAGGACUUAAUGACUUCAGACCCGUCGCCCUGACCUCCGUGGUCAUGAAGUCCUUUGAGCGCCUUGUGCUCUCUCACCUCAAAGUCAUCACCGACCCUCUCCUAGACCCCCUGCAGUUUGCCUACAGAGCCAACAGGUCUGUAGACGAUGCAGUCAACUUGGCCCUCCACUACAUCCUCCAGCACCUGGACUCCGCAGGAACCUACGCUAGGAUCCUGUUCGUGGACUUCAGCUCUGCAUUCAACACCAUCCUCCCAUCUCUGCUCCAGGAGAAGCUCUCCCAGCUGAGCGUGCCUGAUUCCACCUGCAGGUGGAUUACAGACUUCCUGUCUGACAGGAAACAGUGUGUGAAGCUGGGGAAACACUUCUCCGAUACAAGAACCAUCAGCACCGGAUCCCCCCAGGGCUGCGUUCUUUCUCCUCUGCUCUUCUCCCUGUACACGAACAGUUGUACCUCCAGUCACCAGUCUGUCAAGCUCCUGAAGUUUGCGGACGACACCACCCUCAUCGGACUCAUCUCUGACGGUGACGAGUCCGCCUACAGGUGGGAGGUUGACCAUCUGGCGACUUGGUGCAACCUGAACAACCUGGAGCUCAACGCUCUAAAAACAGUGGAGAUGGUUGUGGACAACAGAAAGAAAUCAGCCUCUCCUGUCCCCAUCACCCUCUGUGACUCCACAAUGCCUCCCGCUUCCUGGGUACCAUCAUCUCCCAGGACCUCAAGUGGGAGCCGAACAUCAGCUCCCUCAUCAAGAAGGCUCAGCAGAGGAUGUACUUCCUACGGCAGCUGAAGAAAUUCAGCCUGCCAAAGACAAUGAUGGUGCACUUCUACACCUCCAUCAUUGAGUCCAUCCUCACCUCCUCCAUCACCAUCUGGUACGCUGCUGCCACUGCUAAGGACAAAGGCAGGCUGCAGCGUGUCAUUCGGUCUGCAGAGAAGGUGAUUGGCUGCAAUCUCCCGUCCCUCCAGGAUCUGUACGCCUCCAGGACCCUGAGGCGUGCAGAAAGGAUUGUGGCCGAUCCCUCUCACCCCGGACAUAGACUCUUCGAGACGCUCCCCUCUGGCAGGAGGCUGCGGUCCAUCAGGACCAAAACCUCACGCCACAAGAACAGUUUCUUCCCGUCUGCUGUCAGCCUCAUCAACAAGGCCCGGAACCCCACCUGACACUCCUCACACCCCACCUCUGCCUC